AUGUGCUCUCACGGAUCUGAUCACCAUGACCUCGGACACAGCCAGGCUGUCGCGACAAAGGCGCAGCCCUACCCUCUCCGUGCGCCUGCCCCCGUCGGCAAGAAGGUCACCUCUCUCUACAAGAAGCGCCUCGUCAACUUCUUCACACCCGGCCAGUGGGAGAAGGUCAACCUCAUGGCCGCCCAGAGCGACGUCAAGUUUGGUGGCGCGCCGCAUGUUCAGCUCCAGGUCUGGGACGCCCCCGACACCUCGCGCCCGUCCUUCGCAGAAGCCACAGCCGCAUCCAACACGUACCGCGAGGCACGAGUAGGCGAGUCGUUCGGUCCCUCGUGGACGACGCAUUGGUUCCGCUGCACGCUCACGUUGCCAGAGGCCCUCCAGGCAGAGGACGCGCACGUCGAGCUGCAUUGGGACUGCAGCAACGAGGCCACCGUGUGGACAGCCAGCGGUGAACCGUUGCAGGGCCUCACAGGUCGCGGUGAGCGUAUCGAGUGGGUUGUGCCGGCUUCCUUCAAGGACGGCAAGGAGCACAUUAUCUACCUCGAGAUGGCCUGCAAUGGCAUGUUUGGCAACGGCCCUGGGCGGCCCAUCUUCAAGAACAACGCAGGCGGCGACUCGAUCCAACCUCCCGACAACGACAAGUACUUCAAACUUGCCCAGGCGGAGCUGGUAGUCGUCAACCUGCCCGCGCGCAUGCUGCUCAUCGAGUUUGGCAUCAUCCACGAUGCUGCGACAGAACUCCCGGAGGACACGUGGGAGCAGCACGAGGCGCUGAAUGUGGCCGGCCGCAUCGUCGACGCCUUCAAGGUGGGCGACGAUGCGUCCUUGGCCAAGUGCCGCCAGAUUGCCGCAGAGUACCUCGGAGACCAGGUCAACUCGGCUGCGGUCUACGAGACAGCCCUCGACCGCCGUCCGACAGUCUACGCCAUCGGUCACUGCCACAUUGACACGUGCUGGUUGUGGCCCUGGGCAGAGACCAAGCGCAAGGUCGUUCGGUCGUGGUCGAAUCAGUGUGACCUGAUGGACCGCUACCCAGAGCUCAACUUUGCCUGCUCGCAGGCUCAGCAGUUCAAGUGGCUCAAGGACAUCUACCCCUACGGCUGGCAGCGUGUCAAGGAGAAGGUCAAGUCGGGACAAUUCCAUCCCAUCGGCGGCUCCUGGGUCGAGCAUGACACCAACCUGCCCUGUGGCGAGUCGCUCGUACGCCAGUUCUUGUACGGACAACGCUUCUUCGAGGCCGAGUUCGGCUUCCGCUCGACGACGUCCUGGCUCCCUGACACCUUUGGCUUCUCCUGCCAGAUUCCCCAGAUCUGCCGGCUGGCCGGCAUGACACGGUUCAUGACGCAGAAGCCUUGCUUCAACAGCGUCAACGAGUUUCCUCAUACAACCUUCAACUGGGUCGCCCUCGAUGGCAGCCAGGUUCUCACCCACAUGCCCCCCUGCAAGACCUACACAGCCGAAGGCAACCUUGGCGACAUCACCAGGAGCAUCUCCAACCACAAGUCUCUGGACCAAGACAACACCGCACUCAUGGCCUUUGGCAAAGGCGAUGGUGGCGGCGGCCCAACCUGGCAGCACCUCGAGAAGCUCAGGCGCCUCCGUGGCAUGGCCGAUACGGUAGGCGUCAUCCCUCGCGUUCACUCUGGUGCGACCGUCGACCAGUUCUUCGACCGCCUCGAGGCCAAGGCCUCGAGUCUCGUCACCUGGUUCGGCGAGCUCUACUUUGAGCUGCACCGCGGCGUCUACACCACGCAAGCCCGCACCAAGCUGCAGAACCGCAGAGCCGAGAUCUUUUUGCAUGACAUUGAGCUGCUGGCGACUAUUGCCUCGAUCCACGACAGCAGCUACCAGUACCCCAAGAAAGAGCUCGACGAGAUCUGGCAGGGCAUCAUGCUGUGCCAGUUCCAUGACUGUCUCCCUGGGACGGCCAUUGAGAUGUGUUACGACGACUCGGACAAGAUCUACGCCAAUGCCACAGCAACAGGCCAGGUUCUUCUCGCCAACGUCUUGGCUGCCCUUGGCCUCAAGAGUUCCGACGUGGCCAGCCUCAACCUUGACGAGGCCACCGCCAUAAACACCCUACCCUGGCCGAGGAGGGAGCUCAUUGAAGUCUCGGACGGGAAAGCGGUUGUGGCCUCUGGCGAGGGCCACGCCCUAUCCGUCAGCUCGUUCCAGGUUUCGUCCGAGACCAAGGCCGUCACCGUCAACGAGACCUCGGAUGGCGUCUUCCAGCUCCAGAACGACCAUCUCACCGUCAAGGUGGAAAACGGCAUCAUCUCGUCCGUGUAUGACCGUCGUGCCAAGCGCGAGGUCCUCGCUGGUAAGGCGAAUCAGCUCGUCAUCUUCAAUGACAUGCCUGUGUACUGGCAGGCUUGGGACGCAGAGGUCUACCACCUCGACACGCGCGAGGAGCUCAGCAACACCAACACGACCAUCCAAGAGGACAAGGGCUACCGCGCGAGCCUCGUGACAGAGACGCGCAUCAGCGAACACAGCUCCGUGCGGACAACCAUCUCGCUCAGUGCAGCACUCAGCGACGAUCAGCCGUCCCUCAUCGAAUGCGAGGCCGACGUCGACUGGCACGAAACCAUGCAGUUCCUCAAGGUCGAGUUCCCGGUCCAGGUGCGCAACACGGAGGCGUCAUACGAGACGCAGUACGGUGUCAUCAAGCGCCCCACGCACUACAACACGAGCUGGGACAUGGCCAAGUUCGAGGUUUGCUGCCACAAGUUUGCGGACCUGUCCGAGCACAAUUUUGGCGUGUCCAUCCUCAACGAUAGCAAGUACGGCUUCGCGACUGUCGGCAACGUCAUGCGUCUCUCGCUGCUGCGAUCCCCCAAGGCGCCCGACGGCAAUGCCGACAUGGGACGCCACCGCAUCCGCUGGGCCAUCAUGCCGCACAGCGGUGGCCUCGGCGCGGAGACUGUCCGGACCGCAUUCAACUUCAAUCACCCGAUGCGCCUCCUCGGUUCCGCUGGCUCUGGCUCGAUGGGUGCGCUGGCCAAGGCCCCCGUCACACUGACUGGCGACGACAAUCUCGUUCUGGACUGGAUCAAGCGAGGCGAGGACGACCAAGACGUGUCGCUGGACGACUUGCCCAAGCGCAAGGGCAAGAGUCUAAUUGUGCGCGUGUACGAUGCCGUCGGCGGCCUGUCUCGGGGCACCAUUGAGACAACGUUGCGGGUGGCCAAGGUCUUCAAGACAAAUAUUCUCGAGGAUGCCCUCGAGGAAAUCGCCAUUGACGGUGGCAGGUUUGGGAUUACCCUAAACCCGUUCGAGGUCGCCACAUACCGUCUAGAAUUAGAUCAAUAG